UUAAACUUAGAAAACAAUUGAAGUGCAACUCAUUUAUUGUCUUCUUUGUAGACUUGUUCAUGGAGCUUCACUACCACCUCCAGAUUCUCUCCACAACCCUGCUACUGUUUAUGUUUCCUCAGCCACUCAACUCCCAACAACUAUACCUCAAUAGUUCUGUCUAUGACUGCACUGAUAACCCUUCUGCACCAAAAGGGUACCUAUGCAAUGGCCUUAAAAAAUCAUGCACUUCCUUCUUGGUUUUCACUUCAAAACCUCCCUAUGACAACCCUCUAAGCAUAGCUUACCUUCUUGGCUCUGAAGCAUCCACCAUAGCCUCAAUCAACAAUAUCUCAAUGAAUGGCAAAAUCCCUACCAACAAAUCAGUCAUUGUUCCUGUUUUCUGCUCAUGUUCUGGGAACAUCUACCAGCACAGCACACCUUACACUGUGGUCAAGAAUGACACCUACUACAUGCUUGUGAAAACGACUUACCAAGGCCUCACCACAUGCCAGGCCAUGAUGGGUCAGAAUUACUAUGCUGCAGUGAGCAUUGCAGUUGGUGCAGAGCUCACAGUUCCAGUGCUGUGUGCUUGUCCCACUUCAAACCUCAUAGCAAAAGGGGUGAGCUUCUUGCUGGUUCACAUGGUGAGGGAUGGUGAAAUGGUUAACUCCAUAGGAGAGGCUUAUGGUGUUGAUGAACAAAGUAUGAGAGAGGCUAAUGGGUUGCCAGUGGUGCCAUCAAGUGCAAACAAUAGUGUGACCCUCAAUGCCUUGACACCUAUAUUAGUACCUCUGAGAGGCCAGAGUUGCAAGGAGAAUCCAGAUAAAUUCUAUUGUAAAUGUUCCCAGGCACUGCAUGAUGGAAGCUCCAAGGGGCUCUUCUGUAAUGAAUCAGAUGGUCAAAAAUUCCCUGCCAAGUUGGUUGUUCCAUUAGGUGUUGGAAUUGGUGCAGGCUUUCUGUGUUUGUUUGUUUCAGGCUACAAGUUAUAUCAAUACAUACAGAAAAAGAGAAAGAGGAUUCAUACGGAAAAGCUCUUCAGGCAAAACGGUGGUUACUUGUUACAAGAGAAGUUUUCAUUAUAUGGAAAUGGAGAAAAGGCAAAGCUUUUCACAGCAGAGGAGCUGCAAAGAGCAACAGAUAACUACAACCGUAGCAGGUUUCUUGGUCAAGGUGGUUAUGGCAUGGUGUACAAAGGAAUGCUACCAGAUGGAACCAUAGUUGCAGUUAAAAGGUCAAAAGAGAUUGAAAGGAGCCAGAUAGAUACUUUUGUCAAUGAAGUGGUCAUUUUAUCUCAGAUUAACCACAGGAACAUUGUCAAACUCUUAGGUUGUUGUCUUGAGACAGAAACUCCAUUACUAGUCUAUGAAUUCAUUCCCAAUGGAACUCUUUCCCAACAUAUCCAUAUGAAAAAUUAUGAGUCAUCAUCAUCACUUCCAUGGGAGAGUCGCCUUCGAAUUGCAUGUGAGGUUGCUGGAGCAUUAGCAUAUAUGCAUUUUUCAGCUUCGAUUCCCAUCUUCCACAGAGAUAUCAAACCCACCAACAUACUCUUGGAUUCUAACUUCUGUGCCAAAGUUUCUGAUUUUGGGACAUCAAAAUCAGUCCCACAAGACAAGACUCACUUAACCACAAAUGUGAAAGGAACCUUUGGGUACAUAGACCCUGAAUAUUUCCAAUCAUGUCAAUUUACUGAUAAAAGUGAUGUGUAUAGUUUUGGGGUUGUUCUUGUAGAGCUCAUAACUGGGAAAAGGCCCAUUUCAUUCUUUUAUGAAGAUGAGGGUCAGAAUCUGGUUGGAGAGUUCAUUUCUCUGAUGAAGGAGGACCAGCUUUCUCAGAUUUUAGAUCCCGUAGUGGUGAAGGAAGCAAGAAUAGAUGACAUUCUUUCCAUUGCAAGUCUUGCAAGGAGAUGCUUGAGACUGAAUGGGAAGAAAAGACCAACAAUGAAAGAGGUUUCAGCAGAACUAGAAGCAUUGAGAAAGGUACAAAAUACCUUACAAAUCAACCAUGAUCAUGAGUCACCAGGUGAUGGUCAAUCAACUAAGUACACAAACAGUGACAUAGAAUCCAGAGAGGAAAGCUUCUCGCUAUCCUUACAACUAGAAUCCACAUCCUUCUAAGUACAUGUUAGGAAAUGAUUCGAAAGACAAUGAAUUCUAAAGGAGCUUCGGUGAGUAAACUUUAAGUGUCAGAGUUAAUCUUAAGGGGAAAAUAAGUUGAUCUAGAUGUGCUAUAAAAACACCAAAUUGCUUAUAUUAUUAGUAGUUAAUUAUGCCUUGAUUGAA